GAGUGUUGUUUGUUCAGAGUAACGGUAUGGCCUCGCACGACCCGUUUCCUCGUACUUUUGUGGCCAAAUACCUUGGGAGACGAGAUGCCCGCGGGCUAUGGGGAAUCAAACAUACUCGGCAACCCGUCGAUGACAUGGUGGCAGAAGCACGAGCCCUAAAACCGGGGGCUACUUUACCCUUUCUGAAAUUACAAGUAUCUCCAGAGGGCGUGACGGUAAGCGAAAUGCCUCAGAACACAAACCCUAACUUUGAGGCAGGACUGUUUCCGAUCGACUCCAUUUCGUACGGCGUUCAGGAUCUCGUGUAUACCCGUGUAUUCGCUAUGAUAUACGUGCGAGACAGCACCAAUGUGUUUGAAAAUCACCCUUUUGAAUGUCAUGCCUUCGUUUGUGAUAGCCGGCAAAACGCGCGUGCUCUCACCCUAGCACUGGCAUCAGCCUUUCAGGAGUUCAGUAAGGCAGUCAAAGAACAAGGUUGUGACAAGAAACCAAGAAAGUUCGCUAUCGACCUACGAAGUGCAGAAGAAAUCCAAGCGGAUCUGGAUGGUAAUCCAGCUGACCACUCCGAAGCUUAAUCAGCGUAUUUUAGUUUUGCCCAAGGUGAGUUUAUGGGUCACAACCUGUAGACGCACCACGUAAAGGAAAAUAAGAACUUAUCUCCAACAAGAUCGUGACACGCGAGAGAGAAGACUGAAAAUAAUGACGUAAAACUUGCUCGGACUAAGUGUUCGCCAUCUCUGAAUGACACUAGGAUGUCCAUCAGGUUGUGGCAUCACGUUAAUUAAAUGUUUGUGGGAAAAGUGUUAAGUUAUUAGAGAUAUGAAACCUUUGUCCACAUUAUCAGAAUCUAGUCUUCAGAAACACCAAAACCAAGAAGAAAGAUAAGACCCGUUAGGUUUACUAAUACUGACAUAUGAGUUAAUAAAAUCAUUUCUUGUUAUUGAUUUGUAGCUGCUUUGUAAUUGGUUAGAAAUCGACAUUAAAUAAAUGCUUUCAGU